AUGCUGCGGGCCGGAGCAAGUCAAAGAGAUCAUCAGAGCAGGUAUGAGAGCCGAAGAAAAAAUCUUAGAUAUCGUUUGAAUGCUGAAGACUACCAAAAGAUCCAGGGCUAUGAUGAUCUGCAGAAGCAGCUGGAUGAGGCGAAGGCGCUGUUGGCCCAAUGUCAGGACCCGCAAGGAUUGGUGAAGAGUUUGCAGGAAUCCGCUGAGCGCAUACGGCUUCUCGAAAAAGAGAAUGUGGACUUGUCUCGGAUUUUGACAAACUAUGUCUCGAACCCUGCUAUGCUUCCUUGCAGAGCUGCAGAUGCCUCAAUCAAAAGGGAGGUUCUAGUCAAGAGGGAGGUUCCAUGA